AUGCUUGUCGGCUGCUUUUACGGAUAUGGUCAGCACGAGUCGACCUUGACAGAGCAUCAGCGCCACGAGGCUUUCAAGUCUUUCUAUCUAUGUCAGAUUACCUACAAGACGUCCAUCAACCUGACCAAGGCCUCCAUCCUGCUGCUGUAUUUACGGAUAUUCAGCGGCGUCAAGUGGUUUAGAUGGACGUGUUGCUCACCAGUCACCGCUGCGUUCGACAAGACCAUAACGCAAAAGACCUGCAUGAACAACGCCCAUUUCUGGUUUGCCAAUGCCACCUGGUCUGUUUUAACCGACAUCAUCGUCCUCUUUCUCCCCAUGCCCUUGGUAUACGCCCUUCAAAUCCCGCGCGACCAGAAGGUUGCCCUGGUCAUUGUGUUCACCCUCGGAGCCUUUGUCGUCAUCACAUCUUGUUUGCGAAUCACCACUUUAGACAUUCAAGCCACCACGACAGAUCCCUUAUACGACAUUGCUUCCACGAUGUGGACCAUCAUCGAGAUGAAUGUGGCCGUCAUAUGUGCCUGUCUUCCUCAGAUCCGCCCGCUCAUCGUGAAGCUCUUCCCUAAGCUCAUGCCGAAUUCAUAUUACCAUUCGCGGGAGAAAUUGAACAAGCAUACCACUGGCAACAGCUUCUCAAAGUCCCAUGUCAGCAACCAGCAGAGUGCCGGGGAGGGGAGUUGGUUGCGAAUCCUCCCUGAUGAUGGCGUCAAUUUGACGAGCAUCCGGAAAGGCAACGCAAGCUCGACGGAUCCCAUUCUCCAGGGAGGCAAGGGCCUGCAGAUUCAGAAGACCGUGCAGUACAGCGUGGAGUACUCGAACAAUGGGUCGAGCAGGAAACACGACAGCGGUGGAGACGACGAUGCGCGUGUAUGA